AGCGGCAGGAGGAGUGGGACUUGCUAUUAGGACACCAGCGACUCUUAAAUCCAGCCGCUCCUCCUUUUUUACGCAGGAGAUUUGAAGAAACAAACAAAAACAGGAGGAGCAGUGAUAGAGAAAAGUAGACUUCCACCUUUUUUUAUUUCUUCUCGGCAGGCAGAGGCACUUUGGACACAGAGGGACCUACACCAUGAGAAAGGCUGCGGAUGUUGCGCUGUCUGCGCUGCUCAUCCUGGCGCUGUCGUGCCGGUGCGUCCUCGGCGGCUACGGGAUGAGCCUGUUCGCGGCGCAGACCUCCCCGCCGGACCCCUGCUACGACGAGCACGGCAACCCGCGCCGCUGCAUCCCGGACUUCGUCAACUCCGCCUUCGGGAAGGAGGUGAAGGUGUCCAGCACCUGCGGGAAGACGCCCGGCCGCUACUGCGUGGUCACAUCCGCGGAGAAGGGAGACGAGAGGACCAGGAACUGUCACUCCUGCGACGCCUCGGACCCCAAGAAGUACCAUCCUCCGGCGUACCUGACGGACCUCAACAACCCGCACAACCUCACCUGCUGGCAGUCCGAGAACUUCAUCCAGUUUCCGCUGAACGUCAGCCUCACUCUGUCCCUCGGGAAGAAGUUUGAGGUCACCUACGUGAGCCUGCAGUUCUGCUCGCCCCGACCCGAAUCCAUGGCCAUUUUCAAGUCCAUGGAUUACGGUAAAACGUGGGUGCCCUUCCAGUUUUACUCGACCCAGUGCAGGAAGAUGUACAACAAGCCCAACAGGGCCGUGAUCACGAAGCAGAACGAGCAGGAGGCCGUGUGCACGGACUCCCACACCGACAUGUACCCCCUGACCGGCGGGCUCAUCGCCUUCAGCACGCUGGACGGGAGGCCGUCAGCGCACGACUUCGACAACUCCCCGGUGCUGCAGGACUGGGUGACGGCCACGGACAUCAAGGUCAUCUUCAGCCGGCUGCACACGUUCGGCGACGAGAACGAGGACGACUCGGAGCUGGCCCGGGACUCGUACUUCUACGCCGUGUCGGACCUGCAGGUCGGCGGGAGGUGCAAGUGCAACGGGCACGCGUCCCGGUGCGUAAAGGACAGGGACGGGAGCCUGGUGUGCGAGUGCAAGCACAACACGGCCGGGCCGGAGUGCGACAGGUGCAAACCUUUCCACUACGACCGACCGUGGCAGAGAGCCACAGCCCGGGAGGCCAACGAGUGUGUCGCCUGCAACUGUAACCUUCACGCCCGGAGGUGCCGUUUCAACAUGGAGCUGUACAAGCUGUCGGGGAGGAAGAGCGGAGGAGUCUGCCUCAACUGUCGCCACAACACGGCCGGUCGCCACUGCCACUACUGCAAGGAGGGCUACUACAGAGACCUGUCCAAACCCAUCUCACACAGGAAGGCCUGCAAAGCAUGUGAUUGCCAUCCCGUGGGUGCCGCUGGCAAAACCUGUAACCAAACCACAGGACAAUGUCCCUGUAAAGACGGCGUGACUGGUAUCACGUGCAACCGCUGUGCUAAAGGCUACCAGCAGAGCCGCUCGCCCAUUGCCCCCUGCAUAAAAGAGAUCCCGGUCGCACCUCCUACGACUCCGUCCAGCAGCGUAGAGGAGCCGUCAGACUGUGACUCUUAUUGCAAGGCAUCUAAAGGCAAACUGAAAAUCAACAUGAAGAAGUACUGCAAGAAAGAUUACGCCGUCCAGGUGCACAUCCUGAAGGCGGACAAGGCCGGAGAGUGGUGGAAGUUCACCGUCAACAUCAUCUCCGUCUACAAGCAGGGCGAGAGCCGCAUCCGACGCGGGGACCAGUUCCUGUGGGUCCGUGCCAAGGACGUGGCCUGCAAGUGUCCCAAGAUCAAGCCGGGGAAGAAGUACCUGCUGCUGGGGAAUGACGAGGACUCCCCCGGCCAGAGCGGCGUGGUGGCGGACAAAGGCAGCCUGGUCAUCCAGUGGAGGGACACGUGGGCGCGCAGGCUCAGGAAGUUCCAGCAGCGGGAGAAGAAAGGCAAGUGCAAGAAGCCAUAGGCGGCAAAAUGUUGGGAGAGGAACGAGAAAUUCAAGAGAAAAUCUAAGCAGGUGAUUUAAGAAUAAAAUAAAAUGAAAAGACGCAAAAGAAGAGACGGACAGAGGACCACGGACAGAGAAGAGACUGAUUAUGUUGCUGCUUUUUUGUGUAGAAGCAUGAAGAGAAUUAUUUAGGAUGAUUUGUCUUUUCCUAGUGAACUUUUGUUGAAGGAGCUCACCUUGCAGAUUUGGUUUUAUGGUUUAUUUUACUUUGAGAUUUGUCUCUCUUGUGGAUUUGCCGAAUUUGCACCUAUUACCAGUAUAUAAAGUUAUUUUGUGUUUGUUUUUUUUAUUUCGUUAUCUCGGUAUGAAAUCAUUAUAUUUUAUGUUUUUAAUUUUAUGGACAUUUUCUGCUGGUGCAAAAAUGACACACGAAAAAAAAAAAACACUUAAUAACCACUGCAGAUUUGCCUCUGCGUGGUUUUCUCCUUGUAUCUUUAGCUAAGAAGCAGCUUGUUUAAUCUUAAGUCUUCACUGAGCUAAAUGAGGCAGAACUAUUUCUCAGAACUGUGCCAUAAGGACGAUUGUAGCAGUGAUGGGUAGAAUCAUUUUAGCUGUUAAUUUGAUUCCCUUUGAAUUCAGGUACAUCAGCAACUGAAGAAACAAGAAAUAUUCUGUUGCUGUAGGUUUUUAUUUGUCAAAACAAUUUUAGAAUUUGGAGGUGACAGAAAAAAAAAAAAAGAAAAAAACAUAGUAUUGACUAAAGCAUAUAUGAACUGACUGAUUUUAAAGAUAUUUCUAAUCUUUUAUUUUCCCCCCUUCAGAUGUCACUGGUUAAUUUUUAGUGGUUCGGUAUUUUGAAAACCCUGCAUGUGAAUGCUUUUUAAUUUGAGACUGUAACAACCAGUUCUCUGACUGGUGCCACUGAUGUUACUUAUAUAAAAAUGAUGCUAUUUUUGGAGGACAAAAUGUAUUUAAAAUCACUGAUUUCAACUUAAUUCCUUAAAAUAAAUGUGGUAUUUCAUUUUUUUAUUUCACAACUUACAAACGCAAAACAGGCCAAAUUGAUCAUCACAAAAAUACUAUAGAACAUCACAAAAUAAUGAGUUGUUCAUGGGUAGAUCUAAUAGAAACUAAUAAUAAUAAUAAUAAUACAAAGAAUUUUUCUUAUGUGGCCACAAAAAAUAUAGUAUUUUUUAUUAUAGGGUGAAUAUUUUCCUUGUUUUACCACAAAAAGACAAGAGCUGUGAACGUUACACCAGGUAGGCCACUGUGGAUGUGAAUGCCGCAUUGGAAUUGUUCCGGUGGAACGCUGAGCUGCAGCUGCAGGUGGUGCACGUCCUCGGUGCUGACAGUAGAGACAAAGACGUGCACAGAGUGCGUCACAAGUGCAACAGUGCAGAUGUUUGUAUGAUUAGUCUGUUAAGUGUAUUUUUUUUAUACCAGCUUACUAUGUGUAAAAAAGCAUCUUUAAAGACAAAGUAGGAUCAGUAUCCUUUUAACUGACCUCUGCCUCUCACUAAGGAGAUAGAAUGUGGAUGCUUGUCAAACACUAAAUCUGAGAAGGUGUACUUUAAUGUGGAACAUGAGUAAAAUAUUAAUUUAAACGUAAUCAAUGCAGAUUGUAGGCGGCUAUGAGAAUAGGCCUCGUGAAAAUAUAAAUAGUUUCCUUACCUCAUAUCGUGCAGAAAGUUAGCCUAACGCAAAACAGAAAAAUGAAAACUCAAAAAGAAAAGCACUCAACACUUAUUUGAAAUCACGAAUCAAGACGAAUUUAUAAAAUCCACCACCCACCGACGCAAAUUCAUCUGGAGUAAUUCCUACGCUACUAUGAGAUCGUAGAUAACGACUUUUUUUUUUUUUUACCAUCCAAACAUUCUUCUGCAAACACAAUGCAUGACUAUACAUUCACUAAAGAAGCUGCAGUCUCCCAUUGACCUGUCACGUUAAUUCUCUGCACUCCUACACUUGCACAGGGAGAACUAGGGGGGGGUGGGGGGGUUGGGGGAAGGGAUCGCAAUCACUUGACGCUGCUUGAUUCAAACCACAUUGCUCAUUUAUUUGUGUGCAGUUCAGUUUGGAAUGUGUGGUAGAAACACUGCUCAGGUUUGUAAAGAUACAAAAAAAGAAAAAAUACGCCCACAGUGUAUCUGAUGCAUCUUAAACUAGGGUUUUGCUUUCAGUCCGUCCCGAAACAAACCAUGCAACAUUUUGGAUGUUGCUGGUAUUUGUUGCUUUAUAAAAAAAUCACAUUUACUAUGGCACAGUUUUAAUAUGUUCCACAGCACAAGUAACUGUAAAAAGUAUUUGAAGAUCAUUUCAAGACACAUGGUUUCAAUCAAAUGGACUUCCUUUGUUUUAAAUGAUUCCACUAUCUCAAAAACUGACUGAUUUGCCCAGGGAGUUAUUUUUUAUUUUUUUGGAGAAUGGACUGAAAUUCCUCCUCGAUGAUGACAAAAACAAAACCACCUGAGUUACGCUGAAAGAUGCAAAGUACAGAUGAUCAAGUUGCUGAAGAACCUCUCAGUAUUUACAUUUGGGUUUUGAUGGAGUUUGUCGUUUUUGUUAAUGUACUAUCAAUCAAAUGAUUGUGAUUUCAGUCCGACAUGGCGCUACGAGCCGGCGGCUUGUCCAUAUUUACAUGUUCCUGCCUUUCAUUCAUGUAAAUACUACAACAUAACAUCACGUUUGUUUUUUUCCGUUGGGCACAAUGUAAUCUGUAAUCGCACCUCUCUCGUCUCUGAAGCCUCAUGCUGUACAUUUUUUAUAUCCGCCUCCCGAGCAAUGGUUUGACAAACUUCCUGAUGAAACGCUCCACACAUACCUGUCAAAGCAUCGCUUUGUGUUCAUACUAUGAAUUGUAAAUGUUGUUUAGUUGUCACCAUUGCAAAGACCUUUAUUUUUUUGUUUUGCAAUGUUGUUUUUCAAUGCGUACUAAUAUAUUAUGGUUAUUAUAUGAAUAUAUUUAAUGACACAAGACAUUGUGGAUAUUAUUGUCUUUAUCAACUUUUUUUUUUACUUGUGGUUGUUUAGAUCGUUGCCAUUAAAGAAGGAAAUAAUAACUACUGAACACACCAACCUGGUAGAACUAAAUUCGGAUUUUCAGUUGAAAUAAACUCUUGUUACAUUGAAAAAUCA